AUGUUGCUCCCGACUGUUCCGGAUGAAUGGGCGGCUAAAGCAUUCACCAAGGAUCUGAAUCCAAGAAGUUUUGAUGCUUCCUGUAAAUUGAAGGAAUGCUUGCUUGAGUUCCAAGUGACGACUAGGGUGGAUGUCCACAACCGGUACAAGUCUAAGAUAAGGAUUGAAGAUGAUCAAAUUGGCUUCCCAUCGUCAGCAAAAGGACGAGAGAAGAAUAAAGAAAAAUCAAAAGAAGAUUUUGACACAGAAAGACGGUCAUCGAGGGGCCGAGUUUUGCCCUACGAAUUAUCCGAAGGACGCGGCAGAGGGUCCGGUAGGCAUACAGAAUACAACUUCAACGUCAAUGUAAUUGAGUUGGUAUCGGCUUUGAGGAACAUUAAAGAAGCACGAUUCCCGAAGACGAUCAGGUCUGAUCCCUGCCAGAGGGAUCCAAAUUUGUGGAGCAAAUACCACGGGACGAAUGGCCACCGGACUGGGGACUAUCGACAUCUGGGGGAAGAGGUGGCACCACUGCUUAAAAAUGGUCAUCUCAGAGAAUUCUUAAGUGAUCGGGCAAAGAACACCUACAGCCACAACCGUGAUAAUGCGGAGCCCUCGAAAGUAGGAGAAGAUCCCCCGUGCCAGACGAUCAACAUGAUCUUCGGGGGGAACGAGAUCAACGGGGUCACCUUCUCAGUAGAAAAAAAGAUGAAGGUAUCAAUAAUCCAUAGCAAGAUACUCCGAGAAGUCAUUGAAGAUGAUAUCACUUUCACAGAGGAGGACGCGGACGGACUGUUGCUACAACACAAUGACGCACUUGUAAUUUCUUUAAAUGUACUAGAUUUUAAAAUCAAAUUUAUUCUGGUUGAUCCAGGAAGUUCAUCCAUUAUUAUAUAA